AUGCUACCAUCACUCCGUGCUCCUGGUUGUCAUGCACUUUUCCAACAGGACAAUGACCAAAAAAACACAUCUAAGGCCACUGUUGCAUUUCUGAAGAUGAACAGGGGUAAAGUGAUUCAGUGGCCAAGUAUGUCUUCUCAUCUGAACCCAAAAGAACACCUAUGGCGAUUUCUAAAGAGACAAGUUGAGCAUCACUCUCCAUCCAACAUCCAGGCUCUAACAGAGGUUGUUCUUGAAGAAUGAAAAAAGAUAGAUGUUGCAAUAUGUUGCCAAGUUGUUCAAUCCAUGCCUAGAAGACUUGGUGCUGUCAUUACAAAUCAUGAAGGUCAUACAAAAUACUAG